AUGUCUAGGACGUAUCGUCCUCCGCACGCUCAACCUCGGGACUCUGGUCUAUCAGAUGCAGCGACAUCGCGACAAGUGAAUCAACUCCUUCACACUCUGAGAGGAGAGCAUUUCCGACAUUCCCAGAACAUACGUCGCUCCAGGGCUCAUCUGGCAUCUGGAAGUUCCCGUAUGAGUACGACGUUGCCCGUAUCUCUUAUAUACGGCGGCGAUGUGGAUGCCGAGCCUGCGAACGCCGUUAGGCCCGCCGCGGCUCAAGAGGAGGUGAAGCGAGUCGCUGGUCCCAUUCCGAGGAGCUGGGUUAAAUCACGAUCACAGCACACGGAUGUCCGAUAUACGCCGGAAUGGCGCUCCAAUGCCCUAUCCUUGGUGUUCUCGCACCUCCCUUCCGCCGACACGGCACGAUCCUGCUUGAUACAGUGCCCGAGCAAAAACGGAUACACGACAUCAUCACAGAAACCUGCAGUACUUCCUCUUACCAUCCAGUGCCUCCGUCUUGUCUUAGCGGAGUAUUUCGAUGAUCUCGAGUUUCCCGAGGACCUUAUACCAUGGAUCUCCCCUCAUAUGAAGCGCGAUCUCAUCCGGUUCGCAGCUGUGCAUUUGCCACUCGGCAACUCAAAACUGUACCAGCUUUGGGGUCAUGAAGGUCACGCCGCGGGCGAGAUGAUCAUUAUCGGUCCAUAUGCUUCGGUUCGACUGGGCGCUUUCCGGCGGGGUCAGCCCUCAGAAGCCGUGGUCAACAAAGUAGAAGAUGACUGGGAUGCGCCAGCCAGAGAUGCGGAGACACCUCUCCAAUCACUUGUGAUCGUUUCGACUCCCCUGCCUGUGUCCUUGAUAUCGUCCCUUCCCCCAACGCUGACUCAUGUGGCCUUACUCGACCUACCGCCGUCAAUACAACCUCACAUUCAUCGCCUGCCCGGCAUUUGCCCCUUGCUAGAAGUCCUUGAUUUCUCGUAUAAUACGUGGCUAGCCGGAGCUGGGAAUGAGAAGACGCUGGACCGGGUCGAGUGGGGUCGAUGGACCAGGCUGCGUGUUCUAGGUAUGCGAGGCUGUUACGUGGACGACCAGUUUUCGCAUAGAGUUCAGAAGUGUCGCUGGCAAGAUGUAGAAAUCGUUUUGCAAUGA